GCCGAUGUUUUUGGGACCGAUGUUUUUGGGGCCGUGUGAAGCAGGACUCUGCCCGUUUGCUGUGCUGGAGGUUGAUGGCUUUGAGAGAGAAGCGUCGGACGCCGUGAUUAAGUUUAAAAAAAAGGGAUUUUCGGGAGGAAGAGCCGGCUCCUGCUCUGCCCCCGGCUCCGGGCAGAGCUUUUGGGAGCAGCGCUGGAUUCUCCAUCCCCACCCCCGACCCCGCGGGAGCCCGAGCGGACGCUGCGGAGACGCUGAAAGGGUUAAGGGGUGCCUGGAGCAUCCCGGGCUCUGCCCAAUCCCGGGAAUCCCGCGGCGCUCGUUGAGCUCCGAGCCCAUCAGAGCCGGGAAGCGGCCCCGGGCGAGCAGAGCGGCGAUGUGGCUCCUCCGCAGCCUGGCCUGGGCCCUGCUGAGCCCCGUGCUGGCCGCCGAGCUGAGCCCGCAGGAAAGCUCCUUGCUCAGAUCGCUGGGGCUGAGCGCCAAGCCCAGCCCCAAGAGCGCCGUCCCGGUGCCGCCCGUGCUCUGGAGGAUCUUCCAGAGGAGCAGGACGCGGCCGCGGCCGGACAAAGAGCCGGACUCGUGUAGGGUGGAGGAGCUCAAUGUCCCCGGGAACAUCGUCCGCGUCUUCGCUGACCAAGGCCGCUUCCUCCCCGAGGCGCAGCCCCAGGGGUGGCUGUGCCUGCGGAAACUCCUCUUCUUCAACCUCUCCGCGCUGCAGGAGGGCGAGCGCUUGACCAUGGCCCGGCUGGAGCUGCAGUUCCACCACAGCUCGUACCAGAGCCCCGGGCCGGGGCGGGUUUUGGAGCUGCGGCUGUACCAGGCGUCCCCCCGGGGGCUGCGGCGGCCGGGCCGGGGGGCGCUGCUGGAGCGCUCCUUCGUGCGGGGGCACCGCUCGCUGCUCUUCACCUUCAACCUGAGCGCGGCGCUGGGGGACAGCCCCGGGCCGGGCGGGGAUUUGGCGCUGCUGCUGGAGAUCUCUGCCAGCGGCUCCUCCGGGGACAGCGGGGACAGCGGGGACAGCGGGGACAGCGGGGACAGCCCCUGCGCCGGCACCGACGCCUUCGAGGCCACCUCGCUGCUGGUGGUGACGCUGGGCCAGCAGUGCCAGGCCGGGAGGAGGAGGAGGAUGAAGAGAAGGAGCCCCCCGAGCCCCUCCGGGGUAACCCCCAGCCCUCUGUGCAAGCCGCGCCGCCUUUACAUCAGCUUCAGCGACGUGGGCUGGGAGAACUGGAUCAUCGCCCCGCAGGGCUACCUGGCCAACUACUGCGGCGGCGAGUGCCCCUUCCCGCUGGCGGCCGAGCUCAACAGCACCAACCACGCCGUGCUGCAGACCGUGGUGCACUCGCUGGACCCGCGGGGAACGCCCCAGCCCUGCUGCGUGCCCGUGCGCCUCUCGCCCAUCUCCAUCCUCUACUACGACAACAGCGACAACGUGGUGCUGCGGCACUACGAGGACAUGGUGGUGGACGAGUGCGGCUGCAGGUAGCGGGGAAAGGGGGAAAAUGGGGGAUGAGCCCCGCGCUGUGGAAUUCUCGCUGCGGUCAGGGCGUUCAGGAGCUCCCGCGGGCGGUGGGGUUGUUUUUUGGGGUUGUUUUUUGGGGUU